GACAGGAGAGAAAGCCAAGAGUCUUCAGACCACAAGAGAAAUAGAGAUUAAUUCUGGAAAAUCCACCUGGAUGGACAGCAGCAGAGGGAGGAGGAGGCAGGACAGACCAGAAGAGAGACGAUGAGGUUCUGAACCUAGAUGUUGGCCAAGGGAGCAGAGGAGAGCAGGUCAGGAGGCCCUCGCCCUGCAGUCACCCUUCCUGGGAACCUUCACUUCACCUGUGAUCUCAAGACCUCUCCCUACUGCCUGACUCGCGCCGAGCUUGUGGAACAUCUUCCCUUGAGGGUCGCAGUCCAUUCGAUGAGCCCUUGUCACAGGUCCUGCUUCUGCGGGGAGCUCAAGCAUGGACACCCUUGGAACACUCCCCAAGUCUCUUCCUUCCCAUCCAGCACCACUUCCCUAAGUCACAGCUGCACCACCUCUCAUCUGGACUGCUCACAGCAGGUGGAGUCAGGAUCAAAAUAGCCAAAGAAAAAGUAAGAAUCCGUAUACAGGAAACAAAUAUGUGAUGAUGACUGGAGCAGCUCAGAAUCAGAACUUGAGCAAGACCUGGGCUGCUUUGAUUUUCUGAAGGUCUCGAAAUAUUAGGGGCAAAAAAGAAAAUAAAAAAAGAAAAAAAAGGAGGAAUACCAAAAGCAAGUUACAUAAAGUAUGAGAUAUAUUACA